UGUGAGUGUGUGUGUGUGUGUGUGUGUGUGUGUGUGUGUGUGUGUCAGACAGUGUGUGUCUACUCUUUUUAAAAGGGAGGCUCCCCCCUCAGUCUGACAAGUCUCAUCUGGGACCAGGCUGGGAACACAGACGAGAUCUCUCUUCACCUGGAGUACGUGAACUCUAAGCUGCAGCUAUGGCUCGUCUGGAUCAAGUCAUCACAAACAUUGUAGAUAUAUUUCUGGAGUACGCUGAUGAUGAGGGCAAGAAACGGCAGUUAAACAAGGAGGAGUUAAAGAAGGUGCUGGAGCAAGAAAUACAAAGUCCUGAGUUAAAAAGUAAAAUCAAUGCAGGUGACAUUGAGGAAGCCAUGGAGACGCUGGACAAAAACCAUGAUGGCGAGAUCAACUUCCGAGAGUUUUGUAGGUGUGUAUCUGACCUGGCCAAAUGCUACUACCACAAGAAGACGGGCAAGGGGGGCAAGAAAUUCAAGGGCAAAGAUCACGAAUGUGGACAAGAAGACUAAAAAUUAACUUUAACUUCAAAUGUUUGUUGCACUUUAACAUACUGAAAAUAUUUUAUGCAUGUGGCAUAUACACAGUGUGGAUGUCAUAUUAGAAAAUAGAUGCUACUGAUAUCAAGCAAUUUGCACAACUAUCAUAAACCCCAAGCCUGUUUCUCAUGUCUUACAUGUGAUAUUCAUUGUUUUUGUCUCUCCAUGACCUGGUUGUCAAACAAGUUUCCGUUCAAUGCAAACUGAAAAGAAAUAAAAAACUACAAUGUUCAA